AUGCCUCGCACCCGCCAAGCUGCUGCGCAGCGUACCCUUUCGUUUGGUAACCAGCGCGUGACCAAACCAUCGGUAACCCCGCCAGUACACAACAAGGCUAACCUUGUUGACUCGUCCGCUCCAUCUAAUUCUGAUCAACAAAUCCCUAUAAUUAAAUCACGACAAGACAAAACUUUGGCAAAGCCGUCCAAGCUUCAAUCCAGCGAGCUGGUUUCGGCCGAGUCACUGCCUGAAGAAGAUAAGCAGGCCCUAAAGCUUGGCGUUAAAGACCUCCAACGUUAUUGGAAGAAAGAGGAGCAGAGCCGCGGCACAAAACGAGUUCACCAAGGAGAUCUGGAUCUCGAGGAGAAAAUCCUACGACACUUUGAUAUUUCUGGCCAAUAUGGGCCUUGCAUUGGAAUUGACCGACUGAAGCGGUGGCGCCGCGCAAAUACGCUCAACCUCAACCCACCCAUUGAGGUUCUGACUGUGCUCCUCAAGGGCAGCUUUGUGAAGCAGCAGUCCCAUGUGGAGUACCUGCUUUCUUAA